GAUGCCAGGUGAGUGGAGAUGGCACAGUCAGGAGUUCAGCUGGACCGGGAAACCUUCUCUUGUGUGAUCUGUCUGGAUCUCCUGAAGGAUCCGGUGACUAUUCUCUGUGGACACAGCUACUGCAUGGACUGUAUUAAACGCCACUGGGAUGAAGAGAAUGGGAAGAAAAUCUACAGCUGUCCUCAGUGUAGGAAGACCUUCACACCGAGGCCUGUCCUGCUGAAAGACACCAUGUUAACCAUUGUAGCAAAGGAGCUGAAGAAGACUGGACUCCAGGCUGCUCCUGCUGAUCACUGCUAUGCUGGACCUGAAGAUGUGGCCUGUGAUGUCUGCACUGGGAGAAAACUGAAAGCAGUCAAGUCCUGUCUGGUGUGUCUGGUCUCUUACUGUGAUCAACACCUUCAGCCUCAUUAUGUCUCCCCUGCGUUUGAGAAACACAAGCUGGUGGAGCCCUCCAAGAAUCUCCAAAAUAACUUCUGCUCCCAUCAUGAAGAGGUGAUGAAGAUGUUCUGCCGUACUGAUCAACAGUGUAUCUGUUAUCUCUGCUCUGUGGAUGAACAUAAAGGCCACGACACAGUCUCAGCUGCAGCAGAAAGGACUGAGAGGCAGAAAGAGCUCGAGGGGAGUCGAGAACACAUCCAGCAGAGAAUCCAGGACAGAGAGAAAGAUGUGAAGCUGCUCCAACAGGAGGUGGAGGCCAUCAAUCUCUCUGCUGAUACAUCAGUGGAGGACAGUAGGAAGAUCUUCACUGAGCUGAUCCGUCUCCUGGAGAAAAGACGCUCCAAUGUGGAGCAAAAUGUCAGAUCCCAUCAGAAAAGUGAAGUGAGUCGAGUCAAAGAGCUCCAGGAGAAGCUGGAGCAGGAGAUCACUGAGCUGAAGAGGAAAGACGCUGAGAUGAAGAAGCUCUCAGACACAGAGGAUCACAACCAGUUUCUCCACAACUACUCCUCACUGUCACCACUCAGUGGAUCUACAGACCCCCCCAGCAUAGAUCUCCUUCCUCAGCGCUACUUUGAGGAUGUGACAGCGACUGUGUCAGAAUUCAGAGAUAAACUACAGGACAUUACGGGAGAGAAAUGGACAAAUAUCUUCAAAGUGGAUGUUUUGCUGCAACAACCAGAGCCGAGGAUCAGAGAUGACUUCUUAAAAUAUUCAUGUGAAAUCACACUGGAUCCACACACAGUGAACCGGCAUCUGGUAUUAUCUCAGGGGAACCGAAAAGCAACAUCACUCAUAGAAGAACAGUCUUAUCCCAGUCACCCGGACAGAUUCACUGAUUGUCGGCAGGUCCUGAGCAGAGAGGGUCUGACCGGACGUUGCUACUGGGAGGUGGAGUGGGGGGGGCGAGGAGCUCAUGUAGCAGUCGCAUACAAGAACAUCAGCAGAGCACGGAGCUCGGGUCAAUGUGGAUUUGGAUUCAAUGACAAGUCUUGGGCGUUAGACUGUCACAGGAGAAGUUUCUUGCACAACAAAGUCCAAACUCCAGUCCUAGGUCACGUGUCCUCCAGACUAGGGGUGUACCUGGAUCACAGUGCAGGUACUCUGUCCUUCUACAGCGUCUCUGAUGACACCAUGACCCUCCUCCACAGAGUCCAGACCACGUUCACUCAGCCGCUCCACGCUGGACUUUGGCUUCUAUCUUGUGGCACCACUGCUAAGUUCUGUAAAACUAAGUAG